AAGAAAGCCUCAGGAUAGAAAAAGUGGAGCCCCUAGCAGAUUCACAAAAGAUAAAAUUGAGAAAGUUAACAAUAAAGGGUCAAGUGAGAAGCCACGUUUGGUUAGAUGUCAUGAGUGUCAAGGAAUAGGUCACUAUAGGAAUGAAUGUCCUAGCUAUAAGAAAAAUCAAAGAAAAGGGAAAGGUAAGACCUUAGUUGUCUCUCUUACUGAUAAUGAAUCUGAGACCAGUGAUAGGCAAGAAUCCUCUAGUAGUGACGAUGAAGGAAAUUAUAUGGCAUUUGUGGCUACUGUGAAGAGUGAAUCUGAUAAGGAAAGUGACAAGGUUGAGGAAGAACAUUCAAAUGAUAAUUCAGGUAAUGAGGAUGAGGAUGAGGAUGACAUAGACUUACAAGAAGCGUAUCAACAGUUAUUUAAGGAGAGUCUUAAAAUAAAGAAGGUCAAUAAAGCCCUGCUUAAAAAGGUUGACGAACUUGAAAGGGAAAAAGAGAAACUGGGUAGUAAGCUUCAGGAGUCACUUAAGAGUGAUAACCUGUUGGGAAUGAAUAAGCCAGUAGGAGACAAGAGAGGUCUAGGAUAUGUUGAGGGUAAUACAACUAUCGCUGGACCAUCUAAGACUGUCUUCGUGGCUGCCUCUAAGUCUAAUGCUGUUAGGAGUCCAAGUAAGGGUAAGAGUGUUCCUAGGGAACAGAGUCAGCAAUCACGUAGGAACAUCAGGACUAGGUACCCACAGACAUGUACCUUUGAGCCUAGGUUCAUUCCCACCUGCCACCACUGUGGUGCUCUAGGACACACUAGGCCUAGAUGUUACAAGUUAGGCAAUGAGCGUAGAAGUCAAAACAUUCUUAGUCAGGUUAGCUUUCUGUCUAAUCAGAUGAGUCACUUGACUGAGAUGCUUACUAGGCUAACUAAGAGUAUGUUGUCAUCUAAAAAGGUUUGGGUCAAAAAGAGUGAUCUAGGUAGACCUUCAGGUCGAGAAAACUGUUUUGUUGCUCAUAUUGCUUUAAAGGCUCAAAAUUCUAAUAUGUGGUACCUAGAUAGUGCAUGCUCUAGACAUAUGUGUGAUGGGGGCUCUGCACCUAUUCUUGGUAAAGGUACCGUACAAAUGCAUGGUUUGCCUAAGAGAUGUAUCGUAUAUGAUUCAUCCGGUAGGGUAGUCUUUGAAGGGGUUAGGACAUCUGACAAUUGUUAUGGG